AUGUCCAAUGCCAGGCUAACACAGUACCAGGCCCGGUUGCUCAACCAGCCUAAAGUGACUUUCCCAGCUUCCACAGCCCUCAACACUGCUACCCUGCUGCCAGACACUGAUCAGACAGUGCUGUACAACUGUGCGGAGGUUGUUGCCCAUGUCCACAGCAUUCGACCAGACCUCACAGAUGUCCCGCUACCAGACGCGGAAAAGACCAUGUUCACUGAUGGGAGCAGCUACGUGAUGGACGGAGCAGCCGCUGUAAUGCACUGCCAAGGACAUCAGAAGGGAAACUCAGAGGAGGAAAAGGGGAACCGGAGAGCUGAUGAGGCUGCACGGGAAGUGGCUACAAGAGAUAGGGGCCUGAUGGCAUUAGCCCUUCUCCCAACGCCAGCCCUCCCAGAGGAGCCCCAGUAUUCUUCUGAAGAUCAAAAGGUUCUCCAGUCUCUUCACAAUGUAACCCAGCUUUUGGGACAGGUGGUGUGGGUAAGGCGACAUAAGACUGAGUCCUUGGAGCCUCGCUGGAAAGGCCCCUACACUGUAGUCCUGACCACUCCUACUGCUGUCAAGGUAGAUGGCCUAAGGACCUGGAUCCACGCUUCCCACGUCAAAGCAGCUAACCUGACCAAGGAGGACAAAAUGAAGAGAAUGGCGCUGGCCCUGGUUCUGGGACUCUUGUUUUCUGUGUGCUGCCACCCUGGUGGCACAGUGGACAAGAAGAGCCCAGUUCAGGCAGAGCAGGACAAGGCUAUGCAGGUGGACAUGCAAAGCACCAUUGCCUCUAGCAACACCCAAUUUGCCUUGGACCUCUACAAGCUGUUGGUCCUCAGGAAGCCUGAUGACAAUGUCAUCUUCUCCCCCGUGAGCAUCUCCACCAGCGUGGCCUUGCUCAGCCUCGGGGCCCGAGGAACCACCCUGGCAGAGAUCAUGAAAGGCCUGAAGUUCAGCCCCACACAGAGCCGUGUGCCCGACAUCCACCGGGGCUUCCAGCACCUCGUGCGCACACUCAACCAGCCCCGCGAGCAGCUGCAGCUCAGCACGGGCAACGCCAUGUUCAUCCGAGAGCAGCUGGAGGUGCUGGCCUCGUUCCUGGACGAUGCGCGCGCCCUGUACGCGGCCCAGGUUGUCCCCACCGACUUUGAGCAGCCGGCAGCCGCUGAGCAGCUCAUCAAUGACUUCGUCAGCAAUGAGACCCACGGGAAGAUCCGAGACCUGAUCAGCAACCUGGACUGUGACACGGCCGUGAUUCUGGUGAAUUACAUCUUCUUGAAAGCCAAGUGGAAGACACCCUUUGACCCUGAGGAUACCAUCGAGUCCAGGUUCUACCUGAGCAAAAGCCGAUCUGUGCAGGUGCCCACAAUGAAGGUGGAAGACCUGACUGUACCCUACUUACGGGACAAGGCACUGUCCUGCACCGUGGUGGAGCUGAAGUACUUAGGCAAUGCCAGCGCCCUCCUCAUCCUUCCCGACCAGGGCAAAAUGCAGAAGGUGGAAGCGAAGCUGCUCCCAGAGACCCUGGCCAGGUGGAGGAACAACCUGAAGCCCAGGUUCAUAAAUGCCAUCUACCUGCCCAAGUUUUCCAUCUCGGGCAGCUAUGAACUGCAGAGAAUUCUUCCCCAGAUGGGCAUCAGGGAAGCCUUCUCCACACAAUGUGACCUGUCAGGAAUCACAACACGUCACAAACUAAAGGUCGCCGAGGUGGUGCACCGCGCUCUGCUUGAUGUGGCAGAGGAAGGCACUGAAGCCGCGGCUGCCACCGGAAUUAAACUGAUAAAUAUGUCUGCAAUACUGAACCCAACAGUUAUACGAUUCGACAGGCCUUUUCUGAUGAACAUCUACGACAAAAACAGUGACACCAUUCUCUUUCUAGGCAAAGUGGCCAACCCCAGUCAAGCACAGAGCUCCUAACUGAGCUGUGGGUUUUCACUGAGGAGCAGGGCUACACAUCCAACUUGCAGGCCUGUGUGUGCAGCCCACGCUUCGUGAGCCCAAUGGCCAGGGCCACACUGGGGA